AUGUGGUACGCUCCUUCCAUGGUGGUACCGAUUUAUUUAGAGGCAAACGCGCGCAGAUCCGCAGAGCCGCCUGCAGCAGUGAUGUGGCCCGUUAUACCGUUUGACCAGCACUUGUGUUUUACUAUUAACGACACGGUCGGGUAUCGGGGGCAUCACCUGUCUGUUGAGGAUGGAAGAAAAUUCCUGUUGAGCAAGUCUGUGUUUGAUCUCGUGAAAGUGAGCCACUUUCUGGAGUUGGCUGAUCCAAAGUUGCUCUGUUGGUAUCUCUCCUUAUCUGCAGAAGACAGGAAACUGAUCCAAGAAGAAGGAGGACUUCUUCAGUUUCUGCAGAGACACCCUGCUCUUGAAGUAUCUAGAAAUAUUGUUCAUUUAAAGCAGCAUGUUAUAGGACAUUGUCUUCCUGUUCCAGCAUCUGAUAUGUCAGCACACAAUAGAUCAAGACGGGCUACCUUUUCUGGGGCGUCACAGUGCGUAAAUUGUGGCACUAGCCAUCCAUCUGGUGCUAAAAAGUGCAGACGCUGUAGCACGCUUACCCUAAACCCAGAGGAAAAUGUUUGCAUAUCUGAGGAAGAAAAGACACUUCAGUUGCUACCAAACAGCAUACGAGAGGAGUUGAAUCUCUUGGAAGCCCAAGGACAGAUCAGUGAGGAUAUGUCAGUGAGGAGUUUCCAGCAGUCUGAUUGCAUGCAAAGCACCUCGAAUAAUUUGUCUGCCACUCGGAGCACCUGUUUAAGCAGUUUCCAGCAACCAGAGCAGCCAAGGAAGGACUCUAGUGAGAGCCAGAUUUUGUGUCCGAUGUGGGAGGAAAGGGUGCAGUGUGACGGGAAAGAUAUCCAAGCGUUUAAAGAUCCUUCAGCACAAGCCAGCUUUUCCCUUGACAGGGAGCUCAAGAUGCAGAGCUGCAGUCACAGGAGUGAUCAUGACCCAGUACCUCUGCUGCCAGGCACCAAUUCAAAUGUUCCUAAUUUAGAAGAGGAGGCUCAGCCAGAGUAUUACAGUUUCAACAGCACCACAAUGGAGUACACAUCUGCCCAGUGGAGUGAUGCCAUUAAUACCUCAAUGAUUGCCACUAAAGACAGCAUUGAAGCAUCUACAGCUGAUGAGCCUGUGGCCUGUGGUGCAGAGAAUGGUACAUUCCCUGAUUCUGUAUCCUUCCUCAGCAACUCCUCCGAGUGGACUGAUCUUCCAGAAGACUGCCAAAAUCUCAGUAAUGAGGAUGACCCGGAAUGUGAGUCAAAGACGGAUGAAUAUCAUAGUGUGACUGAAGAAGAAGAAGAAGAAGAAGCCUCAAGCUCAGUGGCCUGCAUUCAAUGCACUAAUCCCAGCUGGUCAGUAUCCAGCCAGUGUACUCAAGAGAGUGAGUUUACAUGUGCGGGGUGCGUUUCGUCUGCCAGCCAGAGUGAGCUAAAUGUCAAAACCACAGCAGCGUGUGAGGUCUCUCCUGUUUCCUUCAGUGUAAGCCAGGCAGUAGAUGCUAGCAAUGACUUUAGAGCUUGUUUUACAUCCACCCAGGCCACAGAAAUCACUCAGGGCUUCUUUGUGAAGCAUUGCCAAGAUGUUUCUACUGGCAGUGACUCAUGCCCUGUUAACCAGGAGACUCGGGCAAUUCAAAGGCCCACUUCUGAGAAAUGCACCAUUACUGAUGUCUACAUGUCUGACUUGGAUGCUCUUUGUGAGGAAUUUGGGAAACUCCGAAUGAUGGAAGAAGAGUUAAUGCAUUUAAAGGACGAAAUGGCAAGAUCUGGUCUUGGCAGUGCUGGAGGGCUCAGGAGUGAACAGCCGAAGAGUCACUGUAGGUGUGGUGCUGUUCCACGUGCUAGAUGGGCUGAGCUGCGUCUCCUGGCUCUGCAGUUUGCCAUGUGCCAGCAACAUUGCUGGAGGCGCUUCUAUACAUCACCACAGAGUGAAACUUCACUUCUGGGAACUCAAGCACUGCCGGAUGCAAUGUCACAAACCCUGAAGAGCCUGGAGGACAACUACCUCAAGAUGAAGAUGAAGAUACUGGAAGGGGUUCCUCUGGAUAAUCUCACACCUCUGUCUGUGGACACUGAGAGAUUAAUAACUGCAACGUGCUACAGGCCGUCUUUGAUUUAUGAGGCUUUUUUAGGUGACAUUCUGCCGGAGUCCUCAUUCAUGCCCAGUGGUCUUGAAGAUGACGGCCAGGCUUGCCAAGCUGAUGAGUUGUUGAAAUUGAACACCACAGACAAAGGAAACCUCAACGAGAAUACAACAGGUCCUCAGCAUGAUUCUGCCACAUCAUCUAAAACUGCCAGCAGUAAGAGACAUGGAGGCAUGCCUCAUUCCAGCCAAAACCCAGGAGUCUCUAGUGAGGCCAAGCCUGGUGCUCCUAAAGACCUCAAUAGCACUGAUGCCUGGUUUGAUGCAGAGGAAGAACUUGGAUGUGACCGUCAGAGUUGUAAAGAAGACAAACAAACAGGGAAGAGAGAUCAAGGGGACUCGAAGAAGGAACAAAAUGUGGAUACAAAUAGAAAGAAGGACCAAUGUUUCUUGCUUUGUGUCUCAAACUUGUCAAACCGUGUUACUGAGCGUGAUCUGCUGCUCUGGUUUGCGAAGUACCAUACCAGUCAAGUGUCCCUUUCCAAUUUUGGUGACACCAGUUUGUGUCUUCCAUGGUUGUGCUUCUUUAGAGUUGCAAUAGUGAGUGUGAGAAACCCCAAGGAUGCAGAGGCUGCAGUUAGGGAGAUGAAUGGCCAAGCCAUUCAAGGCCACACUCUCCAUGUGGAACAUGUCCACAAGUCUCCCGCAGAUGGUCAGGCCACCAGCAAAGAGUCCUGCGUUCAACUUUCCCCAGCUGCCUAUAGAACAGAAGUGCUGAUCACACAUAGCUCAAAUAAUAACGUUCGUGCCUCUCGACCCCUCCGCUGCAGUCUGGAUAAGCUUACCAACAUAUGCAGUACACCCACUGCGUCUGGUACCUGUGUGCCACAGCACUAUGGCACCAUGGGAAGCUUCGACACAAUCAUGGCCCAGUUAUCAGGGCGCCACCCAAAAAUGGGCAGACAACGGAUCAUCAGCGCUUUGCUGGAGCUGCAGGCAAAGCAUCAUGGUGUCCUCAGUGGCCUGCCCCUCAGAGAUAUAGUUGAUAUGACUUCGGAACUUCUCACUCACUCAACCACAAGCUAAACAAGACUAAGGUCACAUUGUUUUUGUUGUCUGAUUAUUUGUCCAUGUUUAGUUUUUUCAGGCAUUUAAUAGCCUUGUUAUUCUAAUUGUUUGCGGGUUUGUUUGUUUUUUUAAUUUGUGGAUUUUCAGAAAGUGUUGUUGCGUGGUAAACUUUCCAUGUUGAGCUAAUGUGUACUGAAAAGAAAAUAUGGAAAUUGUUACUUUUUUUUAGUAGGUUUGCCCUGUUAGGACUCAAACAUAGAAAAUGGUCUGUUCAAGACUGUUUAUUAUACAGUGGAGUGUCAGUUUCUUAGAAACAUCUAGCUUGCACUUGUACUAAUUGCCCAUUUCAUCAGGUACACCUACCAUACAAGUCUACUGGCUGGAAAUCAGUUUCUUUCCAGUUUGUCGACCGCUGCAAGUCAUUUGAGAGGAUGGAGGGGGACAAAAUAUACACAACAUCUAAUUAGCUACACUUAGUAAUUAAACCAGAGAACAGAUUAACUUGUAAUCAUGUAGAUGUACCUACAAAAAAGGUAUAAAUCAAGGUAUGCUUGCUUAAUUAACUGGCAGUCCACUGUUUAGUUUUCAGUACUAUGUAUAUAGUUGGCCAGAAAGGUGAAUCACAUGGCAACUGUUUUUUGCUUUUGAAA